GCCCGAACUUGGAGCACCGCCGGAAGUCAACCCCCCUUCGAAAAACCACAUCCGACUCCAGUGGGGAGGGGAGUGAUCCUGACCUCGUCCCUUCUCGUCCCCGUAGAAAGGUCUCACAGAAGGAGCGGUCCUUGGUCAUGAACUCCAGAAGCAACUCGCGCUCAAACUCUCAGAAUGUCUCAGAGGAAUCAGCUUCGGAAGAAUCCAGUCCAGAAGCGUCAUGGAAGAAGAGGAAACACGCAGUCAUGAAGAACCUUCCACCUGGGGUGGACAGGAGCGCAGCCAAACAAAUUCUAAACGAAAUCGUUGUUCAGGGCGAUGAAGUGCACUGGAAUGAUAUUGCUGGGCUUGAAGUAGCGAAGAAUGCGCUGCGUGAGGCCGUUGUUUAUCCCUUCCUAAGGCCUGACCUUUUCAUGGGACUUCGAGAACCGGCAAGAGGCAUGUUGUUGUUCGGGCCCCCUGGUACGGGUAAGACGAUGUUGGCACGAGCUGUUGCUACGGAAUCGAAGUCGACAUUUUUCUCUAUCUCGGCCAGUAGCCUGACAAGCAAGUAUCUGGGGGAGUCAGAAAAACUGGUCCGGGCCUUGUUCGGUCUCGCCAAGGUUCUGGCACCCAGCAUCAUCUUCGUCGACGAAAUCGACUCACUGUUGUCGCAACGGUCUGGAUCUGGUGAACACGAGGCGACUAGGAGAAUCAAGACAGAGUUCCUCAUCCAGUGGAGUGACCUUCAGCGGGCAGCGGCUGGCCGAGAAUCGGGAGAAAAAGACCGGGGCGAUCCCAACCGUGUGCUUGUACUCGCGGCCACAAAUCUUCCCUGGUCUAUUGACGAGGCCGCCCGUCGGAGAUUCGUCAGGAGGCAGUACAUUCCCCUGCCUGAGGCCGAGACUAGGGCUGUUCAACUUCAGAACUUGCUCGGCCAACAAAACCACAGCUUGACAGACGACGAUCUGGCUAAGCUCGUCGAGCUGACGGAUGGCUUCUCAGGUUCUGACAUGACGGCUCUCGCCAAAGACGCCGCCAUGGGCCCUCUAAGAUCUCUCGGUGAGGCACUACUGCACAUGACAAUGGAGGAAAUCAGGCCUAUCGAACUAGCAGACUUUGUUGCUAGUCUGGCCACGAUCCGGCCCAGCGUGAGCCAGUCGGGUUUGAAGGAGCACGAGGACUGGGCGAAGGAGUUUGGGGAGCGUGGAGGUUGACCGUCCAAGAUGGACCAACACAGUUACCUUCCACUUGCUAUCGCUGUGAUAUCUGCUCGCGGCGCUGGAGGUGGUAUUGGCGCCAACGCCGAGUCUGUUGGCCCUUAUUUUGCAUUUGCACAGUACAAGCAGGCCUGCUUCUACCAUCCCAUCGAUACAGUACACGAGCCUCGUGAAUAUACACACUUCAAUGAUCC